AUGGAUGCAAUGACAUUAGUACAAAAGUAUGGUAAACCAGAUAUAUUUCUGACCAUGACUUGCAAUCCUAAUUGGCCAGAAAUAAAAGAACAGUUAAUAGACAAAGAAGAGGCACAAAACAGACCAGAUUUGCUUGCUAGAGUAUUUCAUGCUAAGUUAGAGCAGCUUAAAGAUGAACUUUUGAAAAAAUGCAUCUUUGGUGAAGUGGCAGCUUACACUUAUGUCAUUGAAUACCAAAAACGUGGACUGCCACAUGCACAUUUCUUGCUAAUUUUAAAGUCAAAAUUCAAGAUGUAUACCCCUGAAGAAUAUGAUAAAAUUGUCUGUGCCGAGAUACCAAAUAAAGAGAAAAAUGAACAUCUAUAUAAUUUGGUCAUUAAACAUAUGCUUCAUGGACCAUGUGGUUCACUUGAUCCAACAAAUGUAUGCAUGAGAAAAAAUGGAACUUGCAAGAAUAAUUUUCCUAAAAAUUUCUGUGAGGAAACUAUCCAAACUCUUAAUGCAUAUCCUGAAUAUCGAAGGAGAGAUGAUGGAGUUCAAAUUAAGAUUAAAUCAGCUCUUUUAGAUAACAGAUGGGUUGUACCAUACAAUCCAUAUCUUUUGGCUAAAUUUGAUUGCCAUCUUAAUGUUGAAAUAUGCUCUACAAUUAAGGCAGUCAAAUACAUUUAUAAGUAUAUCUAUAAAGGUCAUGAUAGAACUAGCUUCUCUGUAGUAAAUAAUAAAUCUGAUUCAGAAAUUGAUGAAAUUAAACAAUAUGUAUCAGCUAGGUGGGUUUCUCCACCUGAGGCAGCAUGGAGAAUUUUUAGAUUCUGUAUGAGUGAAAUAAAGCCACCUAUUAUUCAUUUACAAUUACAUUUGGAGAAUUAUCAGCCAAUGACUUUCAAAAAAACGGCUAAUCUUCAAAAUGUUGUCAAUAACUAUCAUUUGAAGAAAACAAUGCUCACUGAAUUUUUUUACAUGAAUAGGACAGAUAAAGCAGCUCAGGAUCUAAAUUGUACUUAUGUAGAAUUUCCUGAUCAUUUUGUCUGGUUACCUAAGCAAAAAUACUGGAAAUUGAGAGAAAGAGGUGAAUCAAUAGGUCGAAUAAUGACUGCUCAUCCUUCUGAAGGAGAACGAUACUACUUGAGAUUACUCUUAUCAAAGGUUCGAUGUCCAAUUUCAUUUGAUGACCUAAGAACCUUUAAUGGAGUUCAAGUAGAAACGUUCCAAGAAGCAGCAUUAAUUCGAGGCUUGUUACAAAAUGAUAACAGCCAAGAAAUUUGUUUACAAGAAGCCUCACUUUUUCAUAUGCCCUACGAAAUGAGGAGACUUUUUGCAACACUUUUGGUUUAUUCUUGCUCUAAUGACCCAAAGGCAUUGUGGCAAAAUUUUGAAUCUUCUAUGUCAGAAGAUUUUGCCAAAUGUUCAGCAAUGACAUCUGCACAAGUAAAAAGAAAUGUCUUACAACAAAUUGAUGGAUUUUUGCAAUCGAUGGGAAAAGGUAUACAUUCGUAUAAUUUGAUUCCCACUGGAUUCUCUUAUGAAAAUAUAGAGAAUGAAACUCGAGAAUUAAGAGCAGAAAGAAACAUUAUCAUUUCAGAAAUUGACUUAAAUUCAAUUGAGCUACUCAAUGAAAAACAGAAAAAAGCAUUUGUAGUCAUAUCUGAGAGAAUUUACUCAGAUAGACCUGGUGUUUUUUUCAUUGAUGGCCCAUGUGGUACUGGAAAAACAUUUCUGUAUAGAGCUUUGUUAGCUGAUGUUAGAUCUAAAGGCUAUCUUGCUCUUGCUACAGCUACAUCAGGAAUUGCAGCUUCCAUUUUACCAGGUGGAAGGACUGCACAUUCCAGAUUUAAAAUUCCAAUAGAUAUCUUUGAUGGUGCAACAUGUCGGGUCAGUAAACAAACUUCUUUAGCUGCAAUGAUCAAAGAAGCAAAACUCAUAAUCUGGGAUGAAGCACCAAUGGCUAAAAAGGCAGCAAUUGAAGCUUUAGAUGAUCUCUUAAGAGAUUUAAUGAAUUCAGAAGAAAUAUUUGGGGGAAAGGUAGUUGUACUUGGUGGAGAUUUUAGACAAACAUUGCCAGUUAUUAGAAAGGGAACAAAAACUGAAAUGAUAAAUGCAUGUUUGAUAAAUUCUCCAUUAUGGCACAAACUAGAGAAAUUGCAAUUAACAGAGAACAUGAGAGCAAAAUUAGAUCCUUCAUUCACGCAGUUUCUUUUAAAAAUUGGAGAUGGAACACAAGAAACAGAUAAGAAUGCCAUAGUAAAACUUCCAUCUUCAAUUAUAGUUAACUAUAAUAAUGAGACUGAUGCAAUUGAAAAGCUAAUCAAUAUUGUGUAUCCUGAAUUUAAAGAUCCUUCAAAGAAACUGCAUUGCUCACAAAAUAGAGCAAUUCUAACUGCAAAAAAUAACUUUGUAGAUGAAAUAAAUGAUCAAUUGAUCAAAAAAUUUCCAGGAGAUUUGACUGAGUACCUAAGCUAUGAUGAAACACUGAAUGAAAAUCAUCAAUCUGAAUAUAUUGAUCUUCUGAAUACUCUUACACCUAGCAAUUUACCUCCACAUAGGCUAUUGUUAAAAUCCAAUGCCCCAAUAAUUCUUUUAAGAAAUCUUGAUCCUACUGAAGGAUUAUGCAAUGGAACUAGACUGAUAAUAAAGAGUUUGACCAAGAAUGUUAUUUGUGCUAAAAUUGCAGUUGGUGAUUUUUGUGGCAAAGAAGUUUUUAUACAUAGAAUUUCCUUGCAGCCACCAAGUGAUGAACAAUAUCCAGUUCCAUAUAAGAGAACACAAUUUUCAAUUCGUUUGUGCUUUGCAAUGACAAUAAAUAAAGCACAAGGCCAAACUUUAGAUUUUGUUGGUAUUUAUUUGAAAGAACCUGUGUUUUCAUAUGGUCAAUUAUAUGUUGCACUUUCAAGAGCCAAAACAGCUUCGGCUGUAAAAGCCAUCAUGCCUAGGCAUAUAUCUUCAGUACUAGACAUUCAGAAAGGAGCAGAAAAGUGGACUGUUCUAGCCCAAGUUGUUCACAGAGGCCAUGGUCAAUUCACUCGUGAAGUUCCACUUAGGCGAAUUAUGCGCUUUCUGCUCACAGAUUCUGAGGGAACAAAAGUUUCUGUUGUCACCUAUGAACAACACAUCAAAGUCUUCAGUAAAUUUCUCCAGCCUUAUCAAAGGUAUUAUGUUUCCAAUGCCAUUGUCGUUCCUGCUGACCCAACAUACAGAGUUGGGACUUAUGAAUGCUCCUGGAUUUUGAACUACAAGACUUUGAUUGAAAACUAUGCUGAACCUGUGCCACCUAUGUUGCCUUGCAUAUUUGAGCUGGCAAACUUCUCUGAUCUGCACAAAUGUGCUGAUUCAGAUAAUCUUUGCAAUAUUAGAGGCUUUGUGAUUCAGGCAUUACCAGUAAAACAGAUAGAUCCAGAUUCUUCUUCUAGAGACAUUAUAGUAGUCAAUGAAGAGAAGAAACUGAUGCUUAUGACUCUCUGGAAUGAAUUUGAAUAUCAUGAAGGGAGCAAAAUAGCAGACAUGAUUAGCACUGCCCCUCUAAUCAUAGCUCUACCUUUGUCAUUCACUACUAGGUACUCAUCUGGAAUUCUGAUAAAUCCUCCACUCCCAGAUGACCUGUCUUUCAGGGAAUGGUUCAGCUUGAACAAGGAAGAAAUCAGGAAUUUGCUUGAUGCUAAAACAUACAAUGAUGCAAGCUGUUUACUUCCUCCUCCAAAUGAAGAAGAUAUCAAAGCAAUCAGCAAUUUUCAGGCAUCAUUUCCAGUUGUAAGUGCCAUAUUAUUAUUCUAA